AUGUCCGCUUCACGAUUAUGGGCCGGUGGACCUUCAGUCCCCCUCGUCACUGCUAUGAACGCCGACGAGUCAAUCAACUAUGAUGCUCUCGCCAAACAAACUGUCAGACUCGCCAAAGCAGGUUUGGGAAUAGUUUUGCUUGGUACCAAUGGUGAAGCUUCUCACCUUUCCAACGAGGAGCGAAGGAAAUGUACCGUUGUUGUGAGAAAGGCUUUGGAUGAUAAUGGAUUCAAGGAUGAACCUUUGCUUGUUGGUACUGGAAGUGGAUCUGCCGAAACCACCAUCACUGUCACCAAAGAAGCUGCCGAAGCAGGUGCUACUCACUCUAUCGUUAUCACCCCAGGAUACUUCUCUUUCGCUAUGGGUAGAGACAGGAAAGCUAUCAAGGAUUUCUUCAAGAAAGUGUUCGAUAACUCUCCUAUCCCAGUGAUGAUCUACAACUUCCCAGGUGCCGCAGCAGGAAUCGAUCUCAACUCAGAUGAGAUCAACGAACUCGCCGACCACCCAAAUUGUUUCGGUGUCAAAUUGACUUGUGCAAUGAUUGGUAAAGGUCAUCGAAUCGCCGCUUACACCCAAUCAGAAGAAUUCUUAGCUAAGAGAGCAUCAAACCUGAAGAGUCAAACUGUCACAGGUCAAUUCCAAGUUUUACCUGGUUUCUCUGAAUCUACCCUCCCUGCUCUUCUCUCUCGACAUACCGGAUGUAUCACCGGUACUGGUAAUGCCAUCCCCAAAACUAUCCGAAAAUUAUGGGAUACCUCUGUAGCUGGUCUCAAGGGAGAUGCCAACGCUUUAGCUGAGGCUUUGAAAUUACAAGACCGAGUUGCUGAAGCUGAUUGGACCAUUGUCAAAGCUGGUAUUCCCGGUACCAAAUACUUCCUCGACCACUACGUAGAGAAGGGACUUGGUGGUCCAGCCAGAUUACCUAUUGGUUCCAUCACUGACGAUGUCAAGAAAUUGAUCGAAGUCGACUUGAAGGAAGCUUGGGAAUACGAGCAAUCGUUAUAA